AUGGGCCUCGCCCUGGUCAAGGCCCAUCGUACUAAGAGCAGAAGAAAAAUUGGGUCAUUUGACCCGCCCAAAUGGAGAUUCAAGUCGGGUAUAAAACGUGAGAUUAUAAAGGGAAUGGACGUGGAAAUCUCACGUUCCCUUCACGACUACAGAAUCAUCGAGACACACAGAGAUCGGUCUCUCCCGAGAAUUUGA